AUGGCUAACGGGGCGGUGGUAGCAAGGUGGGCGGCAUGCACAGCAGCAGCGGUGACAUGCCUGCUUGCAAUCACUGCGAUGAUGAGCUCGAGGAGGCAGGAAAGAAGUGAGCUCCUAGUGCGGGCUCUCCCUAGGUCGAUGCUGAGGCAGCAGAGGUUGUGGCUCGGGGAGAACUGGAGGAUCAAGGGACUGCAGGACGACGGGAAGUUCAUGGUGCCUGAGGACCCGCAGCCGGAGAGCUCCGGCAACUCUCUCUUCGACUUCGGACUCGAGAACGGAACCCCCAUCGAUCCUGAAUCAGGGGAGCCGGUCGCGGGCAGGACGGAGUACUACAGCAGGACGGCUACGAGCGAGAGCCAUUACCCAGGAGAGGUGAAUCAGUUCGAUAUCAGCAGAAUCAGAUCCAACGAGGAUGGUGAUCUGCCAUCGUGGGAAUACGACAACAGCUAUCCUACAUACUCGUCCCAGUGGGGUUUCAUGAUCGCGCCUGAAGUCGAAAUUGAUGAUGGUCACAUCACCUCUAUUGAGGACAACAGCCUCAAGUUCUAUGACAACUACAGUGAUUGA